UGUUAGCCUGUAAAUACAAAACCGAUGAAGCUCAUGAUUUCACACUUUUUUAACCUGCAUGAGAUGGGUGAUUUUUAAUGCCCCCGUUUUGCCUUCAACAUCUUGUCCUGUUUUAGAACUUUUCUAAACGCAUUUCUGAUGACGGGGGAUGGAUGGAACUUUUCUAUAGAAAAAACGAAGGAGUAUACUGUUGUGUAAUUUUGCAGCAGGGUUUGGAUUUGGAUAUGGUGACGUCCUAAAUUAAAAAAAGUGCUUAAUGAGUCCCAGAUUUCUUACCACAAGGACAGCUCCAUCGGAGCGGUAAUCUAAUCGCAUCUCCGGUUUCGCAGACUCUGCACGUCCUAGGAUUUACACUUUUUGGAGAUCUUCACCUUUUCCCCUUUAAGAAACGGAGACUAGGGGGAUCAGACAGAUGUAGAAAACACGUGGUUUAGUCGAAUGCCUGCAGACUUGGGACUUCCUUUCUAGUUUGACAUUUUUGUGGUUUUCUGAUUGUAGCCAGCGGAGUUGGAGGAGAAACAUCAAUACCGGAACCCAGUACUCUAAUGUAGGGACUAGUGGCAUUGUAAAGAAAAAAGUUCUGAACCUGGAAAAGUUUUUUUUUUUAAAAAAGGCAGCAGGACUUACAUACAGUACACAAGUUGGUCGUGGGAAUGGAGUUUUGACGGAAAGGAGCCUGAGAUGCAAUUAUAAUCUAUAUGGUGCCUUCAUCUUUCUUUUUUUUGAAUCAACUGGAAGAUACGCUACUCUUAACGGGAGAUUUAGUUUCUUUUUAAUGAACACUAACACGGGUUGCACUCUCAAAGGGAAUUCUUUGAAGCGAAUGCAAUAGAAAAUGCAUUAAAAUAACGUUUUCCACAACGGACGUUUUUCUCCUUUUUUUACCGUGCAUCUUAAAACCACAAUGAAAGACGACUUUGCAGACGAAGAGGAAGUGCAGUCCUUUGGAUACAAGAGGUUUGGAAUUCAGGAGGGUACGCAAUGUACCAAAUGCAAAAAUGACUGGGCACUCAAAGCAGCCAUUGUUCUUUUAUAUGUCUUAUGUGCAUUGUUGACUAUUGCUGUAGCUAUUCUGGGAUAUAAAGGUUUCCUAGUGGUCCAGAAGAUGGACAAUGUCACAGAGGGCUUGCAGUCUUAUGGGGGAAAGAUCACAGCUGUAGAGACUGACUUGAAGAAACUUGAUGACCAGACUGGGCAGAAAACAGAGAACACCAGCAGUGAGAUCCUGGCUUUUAAGUCUAACUUUCAGACACUUCAAAAGCAGCUCAGUGACAUUGCUGAAAAGGCCACUAAAAACAAAGUAGCACUUGACAAGCUGCAGGAUGCUGGACAGUCCAUACAAACUAGCCACAGCUCCUUACAGGGCCUGCUUGACAGCAACUCCAACAUGAUCAAAAAUGUCAACCGCACGCUGCUUACUUACAGCAGCUACAUCUCUAGCCUGCAGGAGGACACCUCUCGCCUCCAGACUGACCUCCAGAACCAGGUGAGGGAUCAGAGCAUCACAGUAGUGAAUAUAAACAGCCUUAACAUCACACAGGCACAGCAGAGGAAUCUCGUCAGUCUUUUGCAGAAGUCAGUGGAUGAUACCAGCCAAGCCAUUCAGAAGAUCAAGAACGAUUUCCAGAACCUGCAGCAGACCGUGCGGCAGACCAAGACGGAUGCCGAGUGGCUGAAGGAGAAGGUGCAGAAUUUGCAGGCUGUGGCCACUAACAACUCAGCCUUGGCCAAAGCGAACAAUGAUUCCUUGGAGGACAUGGGCUCUCAGCUGGCAGCCCUCAGCAGCCAGAUCCAGAACACCACGGUCUUGGCUGAAAGUCAUGACCAGAGCCUGCGGGAGCUUAUGGACCACCAGAGAGACCAUGAUAACAUGACUUCAUCAAAGUUUGACACCUUUGAACUACGUAUGGACAGCACAGAGCAGGACAUUGACCGCGUCACCGGCAACAUUAGCAUCACCACCCAACUCCUCAGAGCCAUUAACACCAACCUUAAUGACUUGCGGACGUGCACAGAGACCAUUGGCCGGCAUUCAGACUAUCUGCUUAACCUGAACAGUACACUGGCAGAUGUGCGUGUGGAUACCACUACUCUCAGGACGCAACAGGACGAGCUGCGGGCCCGUCUGGAUAAAGAGGUGAACAAUCUAUCAAUGGUUAUGGAAGAAAUGAAGCUUGUGGACUCCAAGCAUUCUCAGCUUAUCACUAACUUCACCAUCCUUCAAGGCCCUCCAGGUCCUAGGGGUCCGCGGGGAGACAAAGGACCUCAGGGCUCCGCUGGGCAACCUGGACAGAAAGGAGAGAAAGGAGACAAAGGGGCACAAGGACUGCCAGGCCCACGGGGAGAGAAGGGCUCUCCAGGUCCACCGGGAGUCCCAGGGUUUAAAGGCCAGCCGGGCUCUCGGGGAAGUCCCGGUUCUAAAGGCUCCAGGGGUUCUGGAGGGCGAGCUGGUGCUCCAGGAGCGAAGGGUGACCCAGGCAUACAGGGACCCCCAGGCAGAGAUGGGCUGCCAGGACCCCAAGGGGUACAGGGGCCACCAGGGGUACGAGGGCCAGUUGGGCCAACUGGAGUACCAGGGGCUCGAGGGCCAGUGGGCCCUGUUGGGCCACCUGGUCCCCCUGGACCUCCAGGACUUCCUGGCAGACCCGAGAGUCCUGUGGAGCCUGUUUCACUGCACAGCGAGACCUCCACUUCUGUAGCUAAAUCACAGGGAUGCCCUCCACUGUGGAACAACUUCGGAGACAAGUGCUACUACUUUUCCACAGAAAGAUUUAAUUUUGAAGAAGCCAAAAGACACUGUGAAGAGAUGCCUUCUGCCAUGGUUAUUAUUAAUGAUCAGGAGGAGCAGCAUUGGUUAAAAAAGCAAAUUGUAGGCAAGGGCUACUUCUGGAUAGGCCUGACUGACAAAGAGGAAGAAAACACAUGGAAGUGGUGGGAUGGUACCCAGCCAUCUUUCACAAACUGGAAAACAGGACAACCAGACAACUGGAGCCAUGGUCAUGAGAAAGGGGAAGAUUGUGCUGGCCUGAUUCAUGACGGCUACUGGAAUGAUUUCUUCUGUGAUGAAAUCAACAGUGUUGUCUGUGAGAAAGACAUGGAGGAAGCAAAAAGGCUAGGAUUAUAACACAAGCCCCAUGAAGAAAAAGAAAAUGUGUGAUGUUUGGCCGGUGUAAUUUUGAAGUGCUUCAUAAACUUGUUGUGAAGACCUCAAACACACAGCUUAGUGAUGGAGUUUCUGAAGAAACUGAAGACGAAAGGGAACUGAACCAAUUCACAAUUUCAUCCCUGUCUGUGGUUUCAGGAUUUAAUACCAUUUAAUUAAAUUUGCUGCAAGAAUAAAUUGAAUUUAUACAGCAGCUCUUUACAAAAGAAAAGAAGUUUAGCAUUUCAGCACAAAGACAGUUACAAAUUAAGAGAAUUAUAUUUGUUAUUUAGCUAUAAGUCCAAUUAUUUCAAUCAUAUAAAAUGUAUAUUUUUUCUUUUAUUUUUAAAUGCCAUUUCACAUAUACAAGCCCGUAGUCCAUUACGUACUAAUUUCAGAACAUAUAUUUUUCUUAUUACAUGUCAUUUAGUACUUGGAUUCUUGAAUGUUUUUCAGUACCAUAAUCAAAUAAUUUGUUUUGCAAGUGAUACAGGCGUUCUUGUAAAUUUUUAAUCAACCACAAGGUGUAAAGAUAUCCUUGAGGAAUGCCUUUUUAAACCUUGAGAAUUGGCUGGCUAUACAUAGCUAUAUUGCAUACAUAAUAUUAACAGUAUCAUGAAAAGGCAUUCAGUGGAUUGAAAGCAAAAAACUGUAAGUUUACAUUUUGUUAUAAUAUUUUUCUACUUAAUAGAUGUUUUAUGUUUAAUUGUGAAACAUAAUUUUAUGAGACACUUUUUACACACUGUACAUAAAAACACAUUUGACCUCUUGAUCCAGAAAGACCAGCCAGACAUUUCUAUCUCUACUCUCAGGGAAAUUGUGAUUUCCUGUAUAGCGUAUUUUGUUGUGGUGAAUAACCUCUCUCUAAAUUUUCAUAAGUCAUUCCCAACUGCCCAUCAGUAACAAAAAUAAACGUACAGUAUAUGUGUUA